AAAUAGCCUUUUUCAGCAGAAUUCUAUUUAGAAUGGGUAUAUCCACAGCAACAGAUUUGAGUUCUCAAGUUUCUUCAAAGUAUUACUCAGUUGCAUUAAUCAUGUAAUGAACAUACAUAGUAAUUUGCAAGCAUUGUAUAAUAAUUUGAAAAAUUUCCAAAGUGUUUAGUGUGUACAUGUCUCAUAAUCUCCAUAAGCAUGUACAUGUGUAUAGAGAACAAUAUAUACUGCCAGUCUUUCCUCUUCCAUUUUUGUUUGUGCCUUCUGAUUUGCUGUUCUAUCUGUGGCUCCUUUUGGAACUGAGGGAGGAAACACUUAACCAUUACUAUUUAAAAAACAUAACUGCUUUGCAAGAAGGCUAAAUAUAGAAUGCCUGUGCUAAGUUGUGCCAUCUGUUGGGUGCUUGGCUUGCGUCAAAACUGUACUAGUCCACUGCCUCCUUAAGUCCUCUGCUGCGUUGAUGCUGUGGUCUUCAUGCUGGGUGGAUGAAAGAGCACUGUUUGGUCUGAGGAGAAGACCUGAAGCUAGGCUGGAAAUUCUUCGGGGCUGCCAACUGAUGCUGUGCUAUAGAAUUAAAUACUCUUAAGUUUGUGUCCGCUGGUGAGCUUCUGAAAGAGGCUUUUGAAAUAUAAACCAACAAUAGAUGCUAAAAUGUUAAUAGUUUUGACAAGUUCAUGAUUUAUCGGGGGCACCAAAACUGAAGUGGGGGAGCAUGGGUUGUCACCAGUGUCUUGACGUAAGAUGUGGAAAAUGGGAAGAAACACUUCAUCCUUACUGCAGAAAUUACUUCUCAGGAUGUGUCUAAAGCCUUCUGCCCUGCUAGCUUUUGAAAGCAAGAAGAGCAUGUGCGUGAAAGAAAUGGGAAACUGGAUUAAGUAAAACUUGUAUAGCAUGUGGUAGUAUUUGCACCUGUCUGAAAUAGAAGUGGAAAGUGAAAGUUUAAAAUGGAAGGUGGAUGAUUAAUUGCUGCUCUUCAAAUAUUUCUGCCAUCGUCCUUUUCUUUGGGAUGGAAAGUAUAACCACUUUAGAGAUUGUUUUGGAAGUGAACACUCAUUACUAAGUUACUACAAACACUGAUUUUUGCUCCUGCAGGGAUUGGUUAUAGCUUAUUGGUAAAAUUGGUGUAGGAUGAUGUGUGUCUCAGGCUGUUCUGCCAAAACGAAGUAUCUGAGGAAAGAUAAAAGGUACGAAGGUUGUACCUUAAAUGUUGAUUGUGUUGCAGGUUUUGAACAACAGACUCCUGGCCACUGUCUGGGUUGUUUUGGAGCUAAAGUCAUUUGAAUACAUGUGAUGUUAGUUGGUAAGCUGUGCUUAGAUAACUGCACUAACAUUCUGAACUGUGUGCAUUAGUAAGCUGACUAGAAAAGCAAUAUUCAGUGUUCUGGAGAAGUGAUGCACAAUUACUCUCUUUAUGUGCUCAGACUGUAACACUAGCAUAGCAGAUUUCCUGACACUCCUGUUCUUUCACCUCUUUUUCUUUAGAAAAUAAUGACUGAAGAUUAGUUCUUUGUUGGAAGCUAAGAAAUGCAGAGCCCAGAUCUCUCUUACCUGGCAGCUAACUUCUUUAGGAAAUAGGCUUGCCUCAGGAGACUAUGCUGUUGCUUCAGCGAGUCUAUGGACUGACAAUUCAUUUGACUAGAGCGAGCAAGCCAAAAGAGGAGGUUUUAAAACGGGGAUCAUACAAAGGACUGUUGUUGCUCACAGACUGUUAGUCAUUUAGCACCCCAAGAUGCACGUUGCCCCCAGUAAGCUGAAGUUAUUCCUGACGGGGAUAGUCUGUAUGACAGAGCUUCAUGCUGUACCAUCCGCUCUCCAGAAAGAUCCUAAGUGCGGGCAGAAAGCUCAAGAGACAAAACCAUGGAGUUACCUUAAUCUUUUCACCCGGAUUGUUGGGGGAACCCAGGUGAAACAAGGCUCACAUCCAUGGCAGGUUUCCUUGAAACGAAGGCAAAAGCAUUUCUGUGGAGGCACCAUUGUUUCUGCUCAGUGGGUGGUCACGGCAGCUCACUGCAUCCUGGACAGGAGCCUACUCCAGUACUUGAGUGUCACUGCAGGAGAGCACGAUUUAAGGAUCAGGGAGACUGGCGAGCAGACACUCCCUGUUAAAUAUGUCAUUAAACAUCCAGACUUUGACCCCAGAAGGCCGAUGAACUAUGACAUUGCCCUUCUGAAGCUGGAUGGAGCCUUCAACUUCAGUUCGUCAGUUUUGCCAGCAUGUCUUCCCAAUCCAGGUGAAAAGUUUGAAGCAGGAUACAUCUGCACUGCUUGUGGUUGGGGCCGUUUAAAUGAGAAUGGACUACUCCCUCAGGUCUUACAUGAAGUCAAUCUACCAAUCUUAAACAGUAAGGAGUGUUCAAGAGCAUUAUCAACUUUAAAGAAACCCAUCCAUGGUGACACCGUAAUGUGUGCUGGAUUUCCAGAUGGAGGAAAAGAUGCCUGCCAGGGAGACUCAGGAGGCCCUCUUCUGUGCCGGCGUAAGCAUGGUGCCUGGACUCUUGCUGGUGUAAUCUCCUGGGGGAUGGGGUGUGCUCGGGGCUGGAUAAGUAAUGAGAAGAAGAAACAUUACAACAGAGGAUCUCCAGGAAUAUUCACAGACCUCAGUGCGGUGCUUCCCUGGAUUCAGGAGAACAUGAGUGCUGAUCUGAAAAUGAAAAGUUCCACGGCAUUUUGUAGCGUUCGGGAUGGCAAACUUCCUGACGGUGAAGGAGAAUUAAAUUUUCCUGGAAGUUCCAAACAAUUCUAUCAAAAUCACCAGUUGUGUGUAUGGACUCUGUUUGUACCAGAAGGAAAUUAUAUAUUGCUUCAUUUUUCCCACUUUGACAUAGAGCCAGAAACAUUUUGUGACUAUGAUUCUUUAUCAGUCUAUUCAAAAGAUGACAGACUUGUUGGGAAAUUCUGUGGAGGGGAUCCUCCGUUACCUAUUUUGAUUGGCUUCAAUAGUAUAAGGCUAAAAUUUGUUUCUGACAACAAGGAUUAUGGAACUGGUUUUUCCAUGACCUACAAAGCUCUUACACCAGAUAUUCUUCCUGAUUCUGGCUGUGUGUCCUUAGCUGUCCUGUUUGAAGAAGGAGUGUUACAAAGCAUGCACUAUCCAGAGCACUACAGCAACAUGGCAGAGUGUCAGUGGGUUAUCUGUGCACCAGAGGACCAUGUAAUCAAGCUUACAUACCAGUCUUUUGAAGUUGAAGAGAGUGAAGAUUGCUCUUAUGAUGCUGUGACUGUGUAUGAAGAUGUGGGAAAAGAGGAGGAAAUUGCAAAGUCCUGUGGAUUUGUGCUACCAGCCCCUGUUCUAAGCUCCUCUGCUGUGAUGCUGGUUGUCUUUCAUUCUGACGAAACAGAGACCUUUGGGGGAUUCAGAGCUACAAUCUCUUUUGUUCAUGUAACAGAUUUAGAUACUUUAGAUUCAACUAGUGAAGAAGAAUUUGAAGGUAUGGAUAUGACUGAAGAAGAAACACAGGUUCCAGCAGAUGAUCUUUGUGGAGUGGCUUCAAAUCAGCCCAGGUUCAUCUUCAGUAGGAUAAUUGGAGGUGAAGAAGCUGUACCAUACUCAUGGCCUUGGCAGGUCAGUGUACAGAUUUCAGAUGAGCAUAUCUGUGGAGGAGCAGUUCUUGCCAAAGAAUGGGUUGUCACAGCUGCUCACUGCCUUAAUUCCAAGGAGCUAUACAGAGACUUGUGGAUGGUGGUAACAGGACUUCAUGAUCUUGCUGAGCAAGAAUACAGACAGAAAAGGUCAGUAAAGCAGUAUAUUAUACAUCCAAGCUUUAACAAGACCACUAUGGACUCCGAUAUUGCCCUGUUGCAACUGGCCGAGCCCUUAGAAUUCAACCCCUACGUGGGCCCAGUGUGCCUCCCCGCCGAGGAGCAGGCAGUGCAGCCCUCCAGGGUGUGCGUCGUCACAGGAUGGGCCGCACGUGAAGCAGACAGAGAAAAGGGGAGAAAACUGCAUCAGCUGGAAGUCCCCAUUCUGGUACAUGACACAUGUCAGAGCUAUUACAUCAAUCUUCCCAGUAAAGUGACCCAGAGGAUGAUCUGUGCUGGAUUCCCUCUGGAAGAAGGCAAGGAUUCCUGCACAGGCGAUUCUGGUGGCCCAUUAGUUUGCCCUUCAGAAGAUAACUUGGGAUUUUACACCCUUCAUGGAAUCACUAGCUGGGGCUUGGGAUGUGGAAGGAAGAGCUACCCAGGAGUGUACACAAAUGUUGGUGUUUUUGUUGACUGGAUCAAGCACAGUGUUAAUGGUAGUGAUGUCCCCACGGUGUGACUGUCAACUGAGCAGCUCUGAUGGACCACAUUGUAAAACACUUCCAAAGCACAAAUGUCGUUGAAAGCAAAAUUUGGUGAGAGUGUGUUAGUUCAUGGUUGGUGAACAGAUUCCAAACCAGCUGAUACUUACCCUGGUGAAUUUACUGCUGAUUUGCCUUAACUGAGACUUCGGCUUUACGUGUGUCCGCUUGGGGCAGACAGAAGUUACUUGCAGGCUUCUCACACUCUGUUAAUUUAUUUUACAAGAGAGGGAAAAUAAGUCACCAUAUACCGUAUGCUCAGCAUGUCCUUGAAUGUAGUGCUGGAGAGUGUAAAAAAUACUACAGAAAUGAGACGAGAUAAUUGCCUGUGUAAAACAACUGAAGGGGCAGGCAGUCAUCCUUCCACUUGGGUCAGUGGGAGCGUUACCCCGGCUCCGAGGGGAGCGUGGCAGUGGCACUGCACUGUGGGGGAGCAGAAAAACACUGUCUAGUCAUUAGGAAUGGGAAUCAAUCCAUUUCCUGGGAAAAGGAUCUUUUUAAUACAGUUUCUGUUUUAGUAAACUGGGUGUUGUGUAACCAGAGAGAAGUUUUUGUAAGGACAGGUGUUACAGGCCAAGGGCCUUUGGCACCAUGCAAGAACUGACAGCUAUCCUAGUUAAUCUGCACAUGUAAAUAAAGAGGUUCUGUGUAAUCCACACGCUGCGAACGGAGCACGGUACCUUGUAAAUGCUGGGGUGUUUAAUGCUCAGCUGGCUGCUUACACAAGAAAUUGGGAUGACAGGCUCCAGUUAGCUUUGCAGACUGUUCUGUGCACAGCCUCAGUGUUUAGAAACUAGAACAGUAUAGCAGUACAGUAGGUAACACAGGUCUAAUCCUUCUUUGGCUCAGUAGUCUGGAAGAUAACUAGAGAGUAUGUAAGAGAUCUCAUUUUGGUUUUUUUUGAUAUUAAUGGCAAAAGCCUUUAGAGAUUCGUUUCCCAUACAUGCAUUUGAUGCCAGUAGCCCUACUUUUUGGAUGACAUUAGUUUAGAACUUCUGAUUUUUAAAAAAAACCCAAAACAUUUAUUUUGUAGCUAGGGGAAAAAAAAAUAGUCUCUACCUUUAUUCCCAAAUGAAUAUGGUAAAUGUCUUUCAUCAGUUUCUUCUCUUCACUAUAAAGUUUCAAAAAGUAUAUCUGGAGAAUGAGCUUUCUGUGAAACUUUGAGAAAGUUCUAUGGUGGAAGGACUGUAGAUGAAUUCAGAUUAAGUGUAAGGCACAGCUGGAUUACAUUAUUGAUAGAGUAUGUUUGUUCUGUCUUUGAUAACCCCUCUGAAGAGGUCUUUGGAGAGCAAUGGAGGGAAAAUAUCCUUUGUAAUUUUUUGUUAUGGAAGUCUGUUAAUGUUCAGUGAUGGGGGAAGUUGCUGUUAGCUAACCGUAUCAGUUUAUGCUGGGAGCAGAUGUGUCUGAUCGCUUGGCUGCUGUUCUGUUUUGCUUAACAAGAAUGAGAUGAUUUAAAAUACCUAUAAAGUUUUUAUCUGCGUAUUAAUUUAGUAUAAGGAUAUCAAGUGGGUGUGUUCAGAAAAACAGAAAGGUGGUGAAGAACUACAGGUGGUAUCAGCUGUGCUUAACCCUACUGAAUGCAGUGUUAUAUGCUGAUAUACUGACAUCUCUUUAAAAAAUUCCUUUCAUAUAUUUGGAACACUAUCUUAAAUUACUUGUAUUUGAUUUGAUUGUUAGGGUACGUACUUUUUGCUUGACUGCAUGAUUUUGACCUUUUGUGUUUCUCUUGGUAUGGUUUUACAAGUAGUCUAGUUUUGCUUUUGUUUGUUGUAUCUUUUUAGUCUCUUGUAAGCUGCCAGCAUCUUUCAGCAAUAAUGUGAACUGCUUUGUGAUGCAAAAUAAAAUCUGAUUUAAAAAAAAAAUAUUUAAAAAAACAGCUUUCAACGGAGUUCAUACAAUGGAAUUGUAUUUUAGUUUUUACAAAAUUUAUAUGAAGUCCACUUUAAUUCUUGACAGUUACAUGAGGCUUUCUCAAACCCCACAGUCAACAGGUAGGAUACAGAUAGCCUACCUGAGUACUGAGGUAGGCUCAGGUCCCCCCGCGUGCUUGAAAUCUGGAUGUAAACCUUCUUCUGUUUGCGUGUAAGUAAAAAUAUCUUCUUUGUGACAUUAUAGGGAAGCAAAUGAAGGCUUAUUGCAUUGUUCAUUGGCACUGUGCUAAAUAUCUAGAAUAAAAGUCUAUGUCCAGAAAUACCUUGUUCAGACCUUUGGUUAAUAAGAUCAACUGAGGCCAUAAGCCUUCCUGCUUAACUCUGAAAAGGCAGCCCUGCUCUGUGUGUGCAUGCUGGGAGUCCAGCUGCACCUGGAUAGUCUUUGCAGGAGUGGUUAUUAGAGCAUUUUUGUAACUUUUGGUGAGAUCUUAAUCAGACUGUAGGAGGCAUGUGUCCAUUGUCAAAGCACGUCUGGCAAUAGCACAGAAGAGGGAGCAGUUGUCUGAAAUCUGGGUUCUGGCUAUAUAGAUACAAGAGAUGUUAAAAACAUUGUGGCAUUACCUCAGUGAAUUCUUGGUUCAUAAUUCUUUUACUUUGCCAUCUCCUCCUUUUCCAGCCUAGGGCAGCAUAGCGGAUGACUGCAUCAUACUGCUCUGGGCCGCUCACCUCCUGCCACCUCCCCGGGGAAGCCAGAGGAGCCACAUCACAGCACUGUCCUGCCCUUCCUUCCAUGUACUCUGCCUGGAGCCUGGCUUUCACUAGGUCUGUACCUGUUGCAGACCUGAGGGAGGAUGUUUGUGUACAACAUGGAGAGAUGCCGCCUUCACCUUUGAACCGUGUGGUGUUAGAGUACAAGGUUACGUGCUGCUUCUGCCAGAGAAGUGCACUCGGCUGUUUCACAGGACAGACUGCGGCCAGCUGUGACUGGGUCAGAACUCCGUGUCCCUGUUUGCUGCUGCUGAACACAAAGGCGAUGGGAAUUGAGGUAGGAGAAUCCAAGGGAGGAAAAGGACUAUAGGCAGUGAGCCCACCCAGGGGAACUGCACUUUGAGGCUGCUUCUGUCCCGCAGUUUUGUGCCAGGUGGGUCUGGGUGCUGGCAGUGCCCGGGUGUAAGCGACACCGGAACGGUCCCGCUGUGCUCUCCACCGGCGAGGGCUGGGCACGGGACACGCUGAUAAAAGCGCAGAGAAUUCCUACA